AUGGCGAAACGCAGGGAAUGGAUGGACGAAUUAAGACCUCUUCAAGAAGACAUUGUUGAAGAGCAUUCAAGAAAGAAACCUAAAAUACAAAUAUUAAGCAACCAACUAUACCUACAAGGCAAUUUUAUUCCUUCAAUAUUGAACAACACAAAAAUAAAAUCACAGACCGAUGAAUCUAAUAAUUUUUCGCAAAAUAAUGACAAAACGACACCACGACAUACAAGGAAUUUGGAAGAGGACAGGCCUAGUAGCAAAGAAUUGACUCCAACUUUUCGAAACCCAGAAAAGUACAUGACUGCAACCGACCACAUACUAAGACAAAUUUUACCGCCACCGCUUCAAGCUUCGGGCUUGACGGAAAUCCCAACAGACUUUCAUAAAGAUUGCGAAAUGACCCACGAAACAUGUAUUACAAAACAUGCUAAAUUAGAUUUUACUGUAACCAUUGAGAAUGAAGAUGUUUUAGAUAAAAGUAUUCCACAAGUAACAGCUUGUAAAGCCUACUUUCCAGUUGAGAAUGAUGGUAAGCAAAUCAAUACCCAAUGUCUCUAUUCUAUCCCAGAAUUAGGUGGUGGUGUUGAGAGCAAUAUGGAACAGCCUCAAAGUAAAUCACCAGCUACUGAGAAGAGAGCUAUGAUCGAAAGCAACGUAAAAUUGAUGGACCCUGAAAGUCAACCCUCCGGUCUUAGAGCAUGUGCAGCAAUAGAGAGCCACGUGCAAACGCAACUUCAAUGUCCAUCUCCAGUUCUUGAUACAAGUGCUGCUACUCAAAGUAACGUGCUACUGUUUCGGGGUCCAUCUCUAGUACCUUCAACGAGUUUUGCGACUGAGGGCGACGUACUGGUUCCUGGCACAAGAACUGCUACAAAUGGCGUUGUGCAGAUACAAUUUAUUUCUGAAAACAGUUCUGCAAUUGAGAGCAAUACAGUGCCAAUAGGAUCUCCAAGUCUAUCAAUAUUCCCUAGAACGAGUGACAGCGACGUGGUGCAGAUACAGUUUCGAAGUAGUUUACCAUCCCCUGAAACAAACAAAAUACAGAUAAUAGAGGACAGAGGAACCAGAAGGACAAAUCCUGAAAGAUGCAAGAAAAAACUAAAUUUCAAUAAAUGUUAUCUUGAUUAUGUGGACGAUGCGGAUACAUUAUUGUUAAAUGAAGCUUUUCCAUCAGAUGACUCAACAGAUUGGACUGAAGUGGAAGAGUCAUCUGACGAGAUGGAAGAUGGAGAUCAACACACUAAAACUGCAAAAAGAAAUAAGAACAAGCAAGGCAAACAUAAAGACAAAAUAAAAACAAAGACUAAUCAUAGGCACUUAAAUAUAGAAAAAAAUAAAACAAAAGCAAUGAUUAAAAAAGAAAAUAAAGAAGAAAAGAAAAAAGGGAAACAAUAUUUAACUAGAAAAGGAAGACCUAUUGAGGAAAAAAAUAUGAAACCAAACCCAUGUACUGGCAAAAAAUGUAGAAAUAACUGUGAAAACAUAACCGAAGAACGGCGUACAAAUUUAUUUAACUAUUUUUGGAAUCUUAAGUGUACGCAAAGGCGCAAAGAUUGGAUUGCUCAAUGCUGUCAUAAAAAAAGUGUAAAGAACCACACGUCACAAAAUAGUGGAGUAUCUAGGCGAAACAUCACACAUGAAUAUUUUAUUAAUGAAGGAGAAGGAAGGAGAAAGGUCUGCCAACAAUUUCUGAUCGCGACUCUCGAUGUGACGCAGAGAUUUAUUUUGUAUACACUGCAAAAUUCAAUAGAUAAUUUUUCCAAACUUGACGAAAGAGGGAAAAACGGUGGUCAUAAUAAAACAUCAACGGAUGUCAUCGCCAAAGCCAAGUCUUUUGUUAUGUCUCUGCCAUUAAUGCCUUCUCAUUAUUGUCGCAAAGAUUCCACACGACUUUACCUGCCAGAAAAUUUUAAAAAUAUUACUAACUUGUACAACAUUUACAAAGAGCACUGCAACGAUGAAAAUGUAAAACUUAUGUCUUUUAAAGUUUUUUCCAAAUGGUUUCGUAGUACUUUCAAUAUUGGCUUCCAUGUCCCAAAAAAGGAUAAAUGUGUUCAGUGUAUGGCCACAAAAACCUUCGAGGUGAAAACUGAAGAGGAAAUGAACAAGUUAGACGAGCACAUAAAAGAGAAAGAAGAAUCAUACAAACGAUUUUUAUGUCAUCAGGAUCUUAACAAGGCAGACAAAAGUGUUAUCUGUGCCAGCUUUGACAUGCAGAAAGUGCUUAAUACUCCACACGGUGACAACAUGGCCCUUUAUUAUAGCCGAAAAAUAUCUGUGUAUAAUUUCACAAUUUAUGAAAGUAACACGCAGGUAGGGCUCUGUAAUAUAUGGAAUGAAAAUGAUGCCCAUCGUGGAGCAAAUGAGAUUUCGUCAUGUUUACUAAAUUAUAUAAUGGAAGUUGAUUCUCAAACUAAAAUUAAGACUUUAUUAUUGUAUUCCGAUUCCUGCUACGGACAAAACAAAAAUAAGACCGUUUUAUCUAUGUUUCGCUUUGCAUUAUCUAGGUGUGUUAAUCUUGAAGUUAUUCAGAUGAACUACUUGAUCCCUGGCCAUACAUAA